AUGGAUCCCAUCAAAUAUCUAUUCGAGAAGUCGAUACUCACUAGGAGGGUCGCCAGAUGGCAAGUAUUGUUAUCAGAAUACGACAUCACCUAUGUAUCACAAAAGGCAAUCAAAGAUAGUGCCUUGGCUAAUUACCUAGUAAGUGGGUUGAUCGACGAAAGACAUGCAAUAAAGGAUGACUUCCUUGAUGAAGAAAUUUUAGCUUUGGGAAAUGAGGAAAAAGAACAAGCUAAAGAGGAAUCUAGGUCCAUGUAUAGAGCCUCAAACUUGAUGGGGCAUAGGAUAGGUGCUAUACUAAUGUCGUCCCAAGGAAAACAUAUCCUAGUGACGGCAAGAUUAGACUUCGAUUGUGCCAAUAACAUGGCCGAAUAUAAAGCCUGGAUAUUGGGUUUGCAUGUCGCUCUCGACAACAACAUCCCAAAAUUAGAAGUCUACAACGACUCAGCUUUGGUAAUACAUCAAUUAAGGGAUGAAUGGGAAACUAGAGAUUCCAAAUUAGUUCCUUAA